UUGACUCACUGGCCUUUAUCUUUGGGGAGUUUUUUCUACAUCAUUUGUAAAGGAAAUGCGCCCUCCAAAAAUCCACCUAAGUGUCGGAAUGAAUAAUGCACUCGUUACCGACGCAUCGUUUUAACCCUUGAUAGUAGCCUACCCGCGCUGAAACUUAUCGUUUGAAAAAAAAAAUUGUUCUGGAAAGCGCAUAACAUCUGCCUUCGCGAGUCUGAUGUUGUCACCGAACCAAGACGAACAUGCCCACUCAAAAGAUCCGGUGAAAUACGGAGAAUUGGUGAUUCUUGGGUAUAAUGGCUCGCUGCCGGGGGGUGACCGAGGCCGCAAGAAGAGCCGCUUCGCUCUCUACAGACGGGCCAAGGCCAACGGAGUCCGACCCAGCACUGUACACAUCCUCACUAACCCACAGGACAGCAAGGCGGUCAAUAGUAAGGGCCACCACAGCAUCUCCUUCACACUGUCCCGUAACCAGACGGUGGUGGUGGAGUACUGUCAUGACCCCGACACGGACAUGUUCCAGAUUGGCCGCUCCACCGAGAGCCCCAUUGACUUCGUCGUGACGGACACCACGGGGGGCUCCAAGGAGACGGAGGACUCGUCCGUGUCCCCGAGCACCAUUUCCCGCUUCGCCUGCCGCGUGGUGUGCCAGCGCCACCCGCCAUACACCGCCCGCAUCUACGCCGCCGGCUUCGACUCCUCCAAAAACAUCUUCCUCGGGGAAAAGGCCACUAAGUGGAAGAACCCUGAUGGCCACAUGGACGGGCUGACCACCAAUGGCGUGCUGGUGAUGCACCCCGAGGGUUUCCCUGACGACUCCAAGCAGGGGGCCUGGCGGGAGAUCUCGGUGUGCGGGGACGUGUACACGCUGCGGGAGACUCGCUCGGGACCUGUACGGGGACAGCUGGCUCAGGGGGAGAGCAGUGCGCUGCAGGACGGCUCCCUGGUGGACCUGUGCGGCGCCACCCUGCUGUGGCGCACGGCCGAGGGCCUGCUGCGGGCGCCCACCCUGCGCCACCUGGACGCGCUGCGUCUGGAGCUGAACGCUGGCCGUCCGCAGUGCCCUGUGGGCCUCAACACGCUGGCCUUCCCCAGCCUCCCGCGCAGCCACAGCCUGGAGGAGCGCCAGCCCUGGGUCUACCUCACCUGCGGCCACGUGCACGGCCGCCACGACUGGGGCCAGCGGCCGGAGCGGCACCGCGAGGAGGGUGGGAGGGGGGAGGACGGCGGCAGCGCCGCCGGCGUCGGGGGGAACCGCGAGUGCCCGCUGUGCCGCUCCGUGGGGCCCUACGUGCCGCUGUGGCUGGGCAGCGAGCCGGCGCUGUACGUGGACGCGGGUGCCCCAACGCACACCUUCACGCCCUGCGGCCACGUGUGCUCAGAGCGCACCGCGCGCUACUGGGCCGAGACGCCGCUGCCACAUGGCACACACGCCUUCCGCCCCACAUGCCCCUUCUGCUCCACGCCGCUGGCGCCUGCCCCUGGGUUCUCCCGCCUCAUCUUCCAGGGCCCAGUGGACUGACCCAACACCC